CGUGGAAUUACUAUUGUGUCAUGUUUGGGAAAACUUUUUACCUCUAUCCGUAAUAAUCGCUUAUUAGAUUUUGAUACUUCAGAGCAGAAAAUAUCAAGCAGUCAAUUCGGAUUUCGAAAACAGUGUUUAACAGUUGAUGCCAUUUUCAUACUGCAAUUCUUAAUAAAGAGAGCAAAGCGAUUAUACAUCUGUUUUGUUGACUAUAAAAAAAGCACUCGAUUUUACAAAUAG